UGCGGUAGCAGUUACGGUGGAGGACCUAAUGGAUCCCGGCGGGGGUCCAAGUUCUUCCAGCGGCCGCGAUCGAUGUCCGCCUGGAGCGAUAUCAGUCGAAGUAGUAUGCGGAUGGAUGAGAGAGUACGGGUAGAAUAUUAUGUAAAUGAAAAUACAUUCAAAGAAAGACUGCAACUAUAUUUUAUAAAGAAUCAAAGAUCAAGUUUAAGGAUACGUAUUGCUAAUUUACUAUUUAAGUUACUAACUUGCAUUUUGUACAUAAUACGAGUAGUAUCGGACCUAGAUCCAACGUUUGCAACUUGCUACGGGUGCAAGGUUGCCAACAAGACGGAGUUCCUGGACUCGGCCAAACUGACGGAGGAGGAGUUCCAGGAGAACCCCAUCAUCAACUGGGACGCCAUCCUGUGGGUGAACCGCUCGACCGAGCUGUGGGCCGUUCAGCUGGUUCUGGCGCUCAUUUCGCUCACCGAGUCGCUGCUGAUUGCCUACCUGGGAUACAAGGGCAAUAUAUGGCAGCAAAUUUUAUCAUUUCAUUUUAUUUUGGAACUUGUUACAACGAUACCAUUUACAAUCACGAUUUUAUGGCCUCCAUUCAGGAACCUGUUCAUACCGGUGUUUCUCAACUGCUGGCUAGCUAAGCGUUCCUUGGAAAAUAUGUUUAACGACCUCCAUCGAGCGAUGCAAAAAUCACAAUCAGCCCUGUCCCAGCAGCUGACAAUCCUGUCGGCGACCUUGCUGUGCCUAGUGUUCACCAGCGUGUGUGGAAUCCAGCACUUCCAGCGGGCCGGUCAUCGGCAUCUGAAUCUGUUCCAGAGCACCUACUACGUGGUGGUGACGUUUUCGACCGUCGGCUACGGCGACUUCGUGCCGGACAUUUGGCCCUCGCAGCUCUACAUGGUGAUCAUGAUUUGCGUGGCGCUGAUUGUCCUCCCGACGCAGUUCGAACAGCUGGCUUUCACGUGGAUGGAACGGCAGAAGCUGGGCGGCAGCUACUCGUCGCACCGGGCCCAGAGCGAGAAGCACGUGGUCGUCUGCUCCACGACGCUGCACGCCGACACCAUCAUGGACUUCCUGAACGAGUUCUACGCCCACCCCCUGCUGCAGGACUACUACGUGGUGCUGCUCAGCCCGAUGGAGCUCGACACGACGAUGCGGAUGAUACUGCAGGUGCCGAUCUGGGCCCAGCGAGUCAUCUACAUCCAGGGAUCCUGUCUGAAGGAUGGUGACCUCGCACGGGCCCGGAUGGCGGAGGCGGAAGCGUGCUUCAUCCUGGCGGCACGCAACUACGCAGACAAGACGGCCGCCGACGAGCACACGAUAUUGCGUUCCUGGGCGGUUAAGGAUUUCGCCCCCAAUGUGCCACAGUACGUGCAGAUCUUUCGACCAGAGAACAAGCUGCACGUCAAGUUCGCCGAGCAUGUCGUUUGCGAGGACGAGUUUAAAUACGCGUUGUUAGCAAACAACUGCACCUGCCCGGGGGCGAGUACCCUGGUGACACUCCUGUUGCACACUUCGAGGGGACAGGAAGGUCAGCAGUCGGCGGAGGAGUGGCACCGACUGUACGGAAAAUGUUCCGGAAAUGAAAUUUACCAUAUCGUGCUUGGUGACAGUCGGUUCUUCGGCGAGUACGAAGGAAAGAGCUUCACCUACGCUAGUUUUCAUUCACAUAGGAAAUACGGCGUUGCCUUAGUUGGUGUUAGACCUGCCGAGUUACCUGAGUUCUACGAGGACACGAUUCUGCUGAAUCCAGGACCCCGACAUAUCAUGAAGAAGGAUGACACAUGUUACUACAUGAGCAUCACCAAGGAGGAAAAUUCCGCCUUCGUGGUCAAUCAGAAUCAAACUCAAAGCCCCGACCAGCCUCCGAAGGAGGCCACCUACACCGAGACUGCAACGCCCAACUCGGGUUCCAACACCAACGCCAUCACGGUGUCGGACUCGAAGACGAACCUCAAGGAGCCCUCGUCGCCGGCCACGGCCACCAUCCCGUCGUCGACGCAGCUGGGUCCGCCGGCCAUCACGACGGCCAACCAUCUGGAGAUUCCCAGCAACAACAACCCCAACCUGCUCAGCCCGGACAUUCUCAACCAGAGGCGAGGGAGUCGGAGGCCUUCGAUUCUACCGGUACCGGAUAUGUUCACGUCGUCCUCGUUCAGCAUAUCGGGUGAGGACGGCAUCGACGGCGAGGAUAACGAAAGCGACGACGAACUGGACGAUGACGUUCCGUGGAGGUCGCCCUCGGAGAAGAUCGCAAUCGUCAAAGGAUUUCCUCCCGUCUCGCCGUUCAUUGGAGUCAGUCCGACGCUCUGUUUCCUACUGAAAGAGAAGAAACCCCUCUGUUGCCUACAACUUGCUCAAGUUUGCGAACACUGCAGCUAUCGCAACGCCAAAGAAUAUCAGUGGCAGAACAAAACCAUAAUCCUGGCCGCUGAUUACGCCUCCAACGGCAUCUACAACUUCAUCAUCCCACUGCGCGCGCACUUCCGCUCUAAAACAUCCCUCAAUCCGAUCAUUCUGUUGCUGGAACGACGGCCGGAUAUAGCCUUCUUGGAUGCGAUCUCGUACUUUCCCUUGGUUUACUGGAUGCUUGGUUCGAUAGACUGCUUGGAUGAUUUGCUGCGGGCGGGCAUCACGUUGGCCGAAAACGUGGUAGUGGUAAACAAAGAGCUGUCAAACUCGGCCGAAGAAGACACACUGGCGGACUGUAAUACGAUUGUUGCCGUGCAAACCAUGUUCAAGUUCUUCCCAAGCAUUCGUAGCAUUACCGAACUGUCACAGAGUUCCAAUAUGAGGUUCAUGCAAUUCCGCGCUCACGAUAAGUACGCCCUACACCUGAGCAAGAUGGAAAAGCGUGAGAAAGAGCGUGGUUCGCACAUUUCGUACAUGUUCCGAUUGCCGUUCGCCGCCGGAAACGUCUUCAGUGCUUCGAUGCUGGACACCCUGCUGUACCAGGCCUUCGUAAAGGACUACGUGAUCACCUUCGUGAGACUGCUGCUCGGAAUCGACCAAGCCCCUGGCAGCGGAUUUCUGACGUCGAUGAAAAUAACGAAAGAUGACAUGUGGAUCCGAACGUACGGGCGUCUGUAUCAGAAGCUCUGCUCGACGACCUGUGAGAUCCCGAUCGGAAUCUACCGCACGCAGGAAACCAGCGGCGCCGAAGCCUCACAUGUGAGUAGCUCACCCAUCGCCGAAAAAUGGCGUCCGUUUGGAUCAUUCGGCAUUAAACAUUGUGUGCGGUUGCGACCAACGUACGAAGAGGAAGUGGUGACCACGACGGCGACCGCCAGCAGCACUUCGGCGUCCGGCGCUCCGAUCAAGGGCGUUGCGGAAGCCAACCUCCGUGGCGUCACGUACCGGCCGCCUCCGACAUCGAUGCGAAAGUCGUCAUCCUGUCUCGGGGGAUGUACCGCCCGCCGGGGAUCGAGCUACUCAAUCAAUAUGGCCGACGAGGCGCGCGACAAUCACAUGCAGCAAAUCGAACGGGCGGAGAUUGCCAACCUGGUGCGAAGUCGCAUGGAAUCGCUCAACCUGCCCAGUAUUGACUAUGAUGAUGUGAGUGAGAAGCGGAACCACCUCUCCUACGUGAUCAUCAAUCCUUCCUGCGACUUGAAACUAGAGGAGGGUGACAUAAUAUACCUCGUGCGACCAUCGCCAUUCUCCGCCCAGAAAACGUUCGAACGGCACAACUCGCGCCGCAAGUCCAACAUAUCUUUCUGCUCCAAUAUCAAUCUGGCAGCGGCGGCGGCUGGUUCCCGGCGUGGAUCGGGCAUCGGACUGAACACCAUAGGUGGCCCUCAGCCGAUGUCAGAUAGUCCUAAUGCAAUGGGACAGAUGAGGGGACGAAGCAAUUCCCUCAGGAUCGACAGUGACAUCCUGCUGCGGCGGUCCAACUCUUUGCGGCAGGGUCUCCCGAACAUCGGCAACACCGGUCGGCGGAAAUCGUCCCUGGAGGAAAUCGGCAUAAGCCACUUCGCGACGCUAAUGCAGGCCACCAAUCAUAGCAACCCGAUCAAGAUCGCGCUCAACGGAAGCAUAGGAUUGGAGGUAACUCCACCGGAAGAACCGCUCCCAGUGAUUGGUGUCCCGGUGCCGAUGGGUAGCGGCGGUGGCAUAAACCCCUCCAGCCUUGGUGCAUCCGGGACCAUGGGCGGGUCUACGCUUGGUUUAAGCUCAAUUGUUGACUCAUCGAAUGCCGGUGGAGGCAACGGAAGCGGCGGCAACAUCGGCGGAUCCAGCUCAAACCUGUCCAGCAUGCAGAACGAGUCCUCCUCAAGCGGUCAGCAGCAGCAACCACACCAUUUGCACGGAACGAUAGUAUGAUAUAACUUAAUGUGGGGCCGUAGGCUCCGCUCGGCGGUGCGGAACAAUAAGUGGAUAUAGAAGUAGCCUCAAACCCGUAGCAGCAGCAGCCGAAGAUUCUAGCAGGACCCAUGAACGAACUGAUCACCUUUCCAACUCUCCAACCAGGCAGAUAGCUUCGAGCACAACAGGCUGGCUGCUAUCGGUUAGCACAACACGCUCCAUCAACACUUGCAAGCACCCCACAUAAUACGAGAAGUCACGAUUUCUCAACCACAGUAGAUCAGGAACCAAGAGGCGAAAAUCGACGUAAGACGGUUUGAAACUGGUGACAUUCAAUGAAUGUGAUUUAACAUUAGCAAAAAAACAAGUGAUAGAAGACAACAUAAUUCAAAGCACAUCCCUAGGGAACAAUCAAGCAGACGACGGCCCUACCGAUGGGCUACCGAGGAAAAACGACAAAAGUGACCUCCGGCUGCGACAGAAGCACUGUAAAUAGUUCGAACGAAGCAAACCAAGAACCAUGUCAGGACGAUUCACAACUAUGAAUAUUCCACAGCGUGCGUGAUCAAUGAACGAGUCCGUAGGGAUCCAGAAUGAGAAGCGUUUGCGCCAGGUGUCAGCAUUGAUCAAAAGUGAGCGGUGGAAAAUCUCUAGGAUUUAGGAUCCAGAAGGCGCAUGUGUUGGGAGAAACAGGAAACAGCAUGUUUCGAAGGAAUAGUUGUUUGGAAUUUAAUUUUAGGCCUAAAUUGUUUUUGUUGAUGUAUACUUUUUGUUGGGAAAGUAGAUAUUAAACUAUCGUUAUUUGAAACUCUUCGUAAAUCGUUAUGAAAA